GUUCGAAUCGUACUGUCUUGUCGAGACUCGCGUCUGCGUCUGGAUGUCUCCGUGUGUUAGUCGCCCCCGGAAUCGUCCCGGUCGGCAUCGUCGGUGCGCGUCGCGUCGUCGGUGGCAGAGGUUGCCUCGUAGUGGGGAACACUCGCUCGUCCCGCCACCAGCCGAGGGAAGGUUCGAAAGGCGUCGACGGUACGAGGUUACCGUCCAAUAGGGAGAACUGCCACCCCGGUGGCUCCGCCAACCGGAUAGUCGGUUGCGCGCACAGAACGCCCAUCCUCCCCGUUCCUCGAGCUCCCACUGAUGUUUUUAUUUAUUACAUCUGUGACUGGGUAGGGAAAUACUCCCGACUCGACCGAGAGAGCGUUUGCCACUUUGAGAACGAGCGACGCGCGUCCCUGCGAGUUACCGCCGCAGCCGCAGCUGCUUUCGUCGUCGUCGUCGUCGUCGUCGCCGUCGUCGUCGUCGUCGCCGUCGCCGUCGUCGUCGUCGCCGCCGCCGCCGUCGCCGCCGCCGCCGUUGCCGCCGUUCUUGUCGCCGUUGUCGUCGAUCGUCGUCGCCGUCCUUGUGUUCGUUGACAUCGUCGUCGCGGUUCCCUAUCGUCGCGACAUCACCUUCGUCUUUGUCGUCGUUGUCGCGCUCUCGUUCGGUGUUGGUCGUGGUGGUCGUGCGUGUCGCGCGUUCUUUUCCUCGCGUCGACGAUAUGCGACGUGAUUGUUUCUCGCGUUGUUCGUAAUACGAGUACCGAGUCGCCGUGUGAAACGAAGUUUGGUUGGUAGUGAGAACAGGAGAGGAGGCACACAGUUGGCGCGUCGGAGAGGGAAAAAUCGUGGUUGGUGAAUCGUCGAACGAGGAGCAGCUUGGCUGCUCCUCGACCGAAGCGAACCAGCAUCACGCGGAACGGGGACCUGUCCGGAACGAGAACGAGGCCGAAGAGGUCGAGAUCGUGUGACAACGGCCGAUUGACAUGGACACGGUUGUUGCAGUGGUUGUGCGCAGUGAAUUUGUUACGUACGUACUACACGGUCCAACGUACUCCGUGAGACAACGCGACAACAGUUUACCCGACGAGUGACGACAGUGAGAGGCUCGCCAACGACUCGGCCGAUCGAUCAAUCCUGGAUCGACCGGAUUUUUCUCGUCGGCUGGUUUCGGCAGCCGAACGAGUCAGAAUCAUCGUCGCCGCGAACAGAGGAGGAAGAGAUCGAUCGGAUAGUAUGCGUUGACCGGUGCCGUUGGUCCCGAGUCGGUCCCGUAUCUCGAGGACGCGUCUGUCCACGUGGCGAGAGAGAGAGAGAGAGAGCUCGAUAGGGCGAGCAGGGAUAUAGGACAAAAGGGACGAGGAGGCGCAGGUGGAGGUGGAGAAGGAGAAGGAGAGGAGAGGAAAGAAAAGGGAAGAAAGAAAGGAGAUCGAGAGGAACGCGGUCGUCGACGAAGGGACGGUCGAUGGAUCACGGAGCGAUGGAUAGCGCUUCUGAUCACAGCAGCCGCGCCAGCCCCGUAACCGGCAGUCCGAAACAUCCGCACAGCCCGUCGGCUCAGCAAGGUCAGCAACAGCUCCACGGGUCCCAGCACCAGGCACCGGCGUCCCACCAACAGCCUCACCCGCGGGACCAGAUCCGCGAGCAACAAUCCCAACAGCAACAGCACCGCGGCGUUCCCACGCCGGGAUCGCCAACCAGGGGCUCGCCACCUCAAGGACUUCCGUUGAGUCCUCCGCCUCUUUCCGCCGGAGGAGCACCCGGCGCACCGCCGGGCAUGGUGCCCCGUAUGCCAGGCCUACCGCCACCGGGGCUAGGACUGUUGGGACAACUGGGCGGCAUGCUGAGCGGUCAUCAUGGCUCGCCGCUCGAGCUGAUGGCCGCCCAUCACGCUGUUCUACCUCCGAGGUCGUACAACAGCCCUCCGCCGAUCAGCACCAGCGAUCCAACGGCGAACGAGUGCAAGCUGGUCGAUUACCGCGGGCAAAAGGUGGCCGCGUUCAUCAUCGCCGGGGACACGAUGCUCUGCUUGCCGCAGGCGUUCGAGCUGUUUCUCAAGCACCUCGUUGGCGGCCUGCACACCGUCUACACCAAGCUCAAGAGGCUCGAUAUAGUGCCGUUGGUGUGCAAUGUCGAACAGGUUAGGAUUCUGCGUGGACUCGGAGCCAUCCAGCCGGGCGUCAAUCGGUGCAAGCUGCUCAGCUGCAAGGACUUCGACAUACUCUACAGGGACUGCACCACGGCCAGCUCCAGGCCGGGAAGACCACCGAAGAGAGCCUCAGUCGGUUUGAGCCUCGCAGCCAGCCACUUGGCCGCUGCCACCACCGGCCACCACCCCCAGCAUUCGCUCAAGAAGCACAGAAUGGACAACGGGGAUUACUACGAGAACGGGCAUUUGGAUGUGCCGAGGAUGGAGAAGUCGCCGCUGCUCGCGAACGGGUACAACCACCCGCCCACGCACCUCAGUCACAUGCAAUUCAUGCAACUGGGCGGACAUCCGGGCGCAGGACACACGGCCAUCCUGUCGCCGGCCAGUCUGCCGCAUCAUCUGCAGGCGCAGGCACAGGCGCGGGCCGAGCAGGGGCUCAAGGUGAACCCGAACAUGUCCAACAUGGAGGCGCUGGCGAGGUCCGGGACGGUUUGGGAAAACUGCCGUGCUGCCUACGAAGAUAUUGUCAAACAUCUCGAAAGGCUCCGCGAGGAGAGAGGAGACGCCGAGAGGGCACUCGCGUUGGACCAAAAACCCAGGGAUCUGAGCUCGCACAAUGGUUCCUCGAACGGGCACAGUCCCGUGCUCAACCUGUCCAAGACGGCGGGAAGCGGAAGCGUGGGCGAGCACUCCGGAAGCGAGGCAGAGGCGUCGCACCGUUCCCAAGACGACGAGGAGGAGGACGACAAUCUGUCCGAGGACCUGGACGACGACAACGAGAAGGACGAAGAUCUGUCGGACGUGCCGGAGAACCUGCCGUUGCCCGCGCCGGGAUCGGAGAGUCCUCAGGCCCUCAACUAUUCCCAGAUCGCCUCCGCGGCGGUUGCCGUUUCACAGGGGGGCCAGGAUCCCUCGGUCUCGAGUACGGAGACCCUGCUCAGGAAUAUCCAGGGCCUGCUCAAGGUCGCGGCCGACAACGCGAGGCAGCAGGAAAGGCAAAUCAACUACGAGAAAGCCGAGUUGAAGAUGGACGUUCUCCGAGAGAGGGAGGUUAAGGACAGCCUCGAGCGACAGCUUCAGGACGAGCAGAAGGUUCGAGUGAUGUACCAAAAACGGCUAAAGAAAGAACGGAGGGCGAGGAAACGCCUGCAGGAGCAACUGGACCUGGAGAUCAAGAGGCGCACGCAGCUCGAGGAGGCGUUGAAGGCAACGGGGGCUUCCUCCGAGCAAGUCAGAGCGAUUACCGAAAACGUGACGGUGGAGGCACGCACGAGUUCGGAGCCACCGGAAGCCAGCCCGGUACACUCGCAGUCGCAGCAACAGCCUUCGCAGCAACAGUCGUCCCAGCAACCCCUUCAACAGCAGCAACAGGCCCAACAGUACAGGGAGGCCCAGGUGCCGCGCCCCUCCCAACAACCCUCCACCCCCGAGAAACCGGCAUGGGGAUACGGAUUGGACCUGAUCGGCAGCCAAGCAUCCGCCUUCUGGCAGAACUACCAAGAAUCGCUGGUGCAAGAACUCGAGCUGGAGAGAAAAUCGCGGCAGCACCAGGCGGCCGAGAGGGACCAAGUCAAGUCUCCUCUUCAAGAAUCACGGACGGGUUAUUACAAGAACUCGGUUCUGUUCACGAGCGCAACCUAGAAGAAGAGGGCGGAGGAAGGAAGAAGAGGGGCAGAGCGCGUUCCAGCGAGCAGCCAAAACGAGUGAGAUCGAGAUCGAUCGGUGGAUGGGAACGCAGCGAGGGGGGAAAGUGUGCGCCGAGUUGUGGCACGCGCCCCCGCCGUCGAGGAUAUCGGCCAAAUCGAUCGAAAUCCACGCGAUCAUCCGUGCUCGCCGGGGGAGAGGGGGAGAGGGGGAGAGGGAGAGACUCUUCGUCGUGUGAUUUCGCGCGAUCCUCGUGGGAGGAAACGGCCGCGACGUCUAACGAUCCGUCGAAUCGAACGAGUAUCGAGACACGUGAACGUCCCCGUGAAAGGAAGGGGAACACAGUUUCCGAGAAUAUAGAAUAUACGUUUACGAGAACUCGGCGAGGAAGAAGGAGAACAAGAAGAAAAAGAAGAAGAAGAAGAAGAAGAAAAAGAAUAAGAAGAAGAGGAGGAGGAGGAGGAGGAGGAGAAGUGCGCGCGCGAGAAUCAAAAUGUCGCGAGUUCGCUCGUCGAAGAGCGUUGGAGAAGAAGCCUCGAUCGAGGUGCCACGCGAUGGACCGAUUUCGAUCAACCGAGCGAGAGGCGGUCGACUUUGGGGUCGAGAUGGAGACACAUAUCAAUGAGAAAAAAAACACGAGGCGAUGUAAAGCGUGUAUUCCUUUCUUUCUUUCUUUCUUUCUUUCUUUUUUGUUCUUUUCUUUUCUUCUUUUCCUCCCCCGAGUAUUCGUUCCAUCGUUUCCGGAACGGCGUUACGCCGCCCUGUUCGAUGGUUCGCCACGGUGAGAAACCUUCCCGUUCGCCGGGAACGAAUGCCACACGUAUACCACGUAUACCGUGUAUAUCGAUUUACCCAGGGACGAAAAAAAAAAAAAAGGAAAAAAAAGUCGAAAGAUCCGCGCGUCGCCGUCGCGUUUUUCUUUUCUCUUUUUUCUUUUUUUUCUUUUUUUCCCUUUUUUUUUUUUCUCCCCCUCAUCGAAGCGAUAAUUUGAACGCGAAAAAAGUUGAGUCUUUGCACCGACGAUUCAUGCGACGAUUAUUAUUCAUCGGCGUGGCGAAAAAAAAAAAAAUAUAUUUCUAAAGACUGCUUGAGAGUGCGUGCGCGCGUGCAUGCGUUCCUAGAGGUACCUAUCUCCUAAUUAUCGACCGAUUCUUCAAUUAGAUAAUCGUGAUUAAGCUGUGCGGACGAUCGGGCGCACCCUCUCGGUUUCGAGUAUUAUUAUCAUUAUUAUUAAUAUUAUUUUACCCGAGGGCGGUGUGCCAGGCUCGAAGGCUCGAUCGUCGACGGUCGUCGGGGGGGAGGGGGGAGAGAUGAGGGGCGCGAGUGGGGAGGAGAGGGAGCAGGAAGUGGAAGAAAACGCACGGUUUUUCGAGGCGACGCGGCCUCGUCGACGCGCUCCGAUUUCAACUUUCCUCGUUCGAAACAGCGAGAGACCCGUUUAUACACACCGCGAUUACGCCAGACUCGGGAUUCGACGAGCCGCGACUCGAUUUAUCCUGUAUCAUAUAGAAAGAGGGAGGGGGUUGCGUGGAUGUGCGAAUGAGAGAGAGAGAGAGAGAGAGAGAGAGUGAGAGAGAGAGAGAGAGAGAGAGAGAGAGAGAGAGAGAGAGUGAGACUUUUCGAAGAGGAGAAACGUGACGAGAAUCAGAGACGAUUCGCGAGGGCGAAGCUGAAUUAGCGAUUUAGGACGAUAGAAUAUACGCUUCGACUCGAUGGAAGGAAUCGAGCGAUAAACCGAGUGUGCGCGUGCGAGAGAGAGAGAGAGAGAGAGAGAGGGAGAAAGCGGAGGACGAUGAAAAGAAAAAAAAACGAUUAAUUCUUGGAUGCGUUUUAAAAAAAAAAAAAAAGAAUCGUAACACCUUAUUUAUAUAAAUAAACUUAGUUACUACCGUCGACAAGUAAGGCUAAUGCAUAUUGCGUGUGUCCCGCGUUUGCGUUGAUCGGCCGCAGCUCGGCGAAAUAUUUCCUAGGUGGGACGUGGACGAAUGAACGCGCGGUCGAAGGUGGAAAGGGGAGGGAGGGGGGAGGGGGCGCCCGAGAAUCGAACCGCGACCAAUAUUUCCCCGAGGCCGAUCCCCGUAUUUAAGAUCCAUGUACAAAGUCUUUUGCCCGUAAGGUUCUUGUGUUGUAAAGUUCACAUAAUCAUAGUGUCUAGAUCGUACGUACCGGCUAAAGCCCGUUAAGACGAUGCUACACGUAGUGAAACGAGAAUUUAACCACCGAUAGCUCAUCUGUAUUUGCCAUCGCCGCUACCAGAGAUCGAUCGAUCGAUCGAACGAACGAACGAACGAACAAAUUCGGGGUUCGAAAUUUUGUCUCGCGAUCGAGAGUCGCCGAUUCGAGGACUCGAUUCGAAGGGAAAGGGAAAAAAAGAAAAAAAAAAAUUGUCCGCUCUGUCGCACGUGCGAUUCGAGAGAGAACGAGAGAUACGUGGUGGUCUCGCUGCUCGAGGGUGAGGAGAGAAAAAAAAAAAAGAAA